UUUUUUUUUUUUUUUUGGAGUUUAUCGGAAUCCCGUUAGUUCAUAUGGGACUGAGGCACUCAUCACGGUGCCUGCUCCUGCGCAGAAAGAUGGCGGAGGCUGAGAGCUCAGAGCAGAAGCAGCAGCAGCGGCAGCAGAGCACUGGCAACCCUCCGUCUUCACAGCCUCCCCCUAUGCCUAAGCCCAUGGCGUCAGUUCAUCACGUUCCUCGUCCCCCUCACACCCCACACGUCUCAGCACUCUCCACCUGCCCUGGACGUGGAAAAAUGGCAAAACUCCUCAAUCCAGAGGAAAUGACCUCACGAGAUUACUACUUUGACUCAUACGCCCACUUUGGCAUUCAUGAGGAGAUGUUAAAAGACGAGGUGAGGACAUUAACCUACAGGAACGCCAUGUACCACAAUAAACACAUUUUUAAGGACAAGAUUGUUCUAGACGUGGGCAGCGGAACAGGAAUCCUCUCUAUGUUCGCUGCUAAAGCAGGAGCCAAACACGUCUAUGGGAUUGAAUGCUCAAGUAUAUCAGAAUACUCGGAGAAAAUCAUCAAAUCUAACCACCUGGACAACGUUAUUACCAUCUUUAAAGGGAAAGUGGAGGAGACUGAACUGCCUGUGGAUCAGGUGGACAUUAUUGUCUCUGAAUGGAUGGGAUACUGUCUUUUUUAUGAGUCUAUGCUGAAGACUGUCAUUUAUGCCCGGGACAAAUGGCUGAAGCCCGGAGGUUUCAUGUUCCCAGAUAGAGCAACAUUACACGUGGUGGCCAUAGAGGACAGACAAUACAAAGACUUUAAAAUCCACUGGUGGGAGAAUGUUUAUGGUUUUGACAUGACCUGCAUUCGCAAUGUUGCAAUGAUGGAACCACUGGUUGAUAUUGUGGACCCGAAACAAGUGGUGACCAACUCCUGUCUUAUUAAGGAGGUGGACAUCUACACGGUAAAGUUGGAGGAUCUGACCUUCACCUCAGCCUUUUGCUUGCAGAUCCAGAGAAAUGACUACAUCCAUGCUCUUGUCACCUAUUUCAACAUUGAGUUCACCAAGUGUCACAAGAAGACCGGCUUUUCCACAGCCCCUGAUGCUCCUAGUACUCACUGGAAGCAGACAGUGUUUUACCUAGAGGAUUACCUGACAGUGAGAAGAGGGGAGGAGAUCCUGGGCAGCAUCGCCGUCAAGCCCAAUGAAAACAAUGAGCGUGACUUGGACUUCACCUUUGAGCUGGAUUUCAAGGGACAGCUUUGUGAUGCAGCUAUUUCUCACGACUACAAGAUGCGGUAGGACUCCAACUGAGGGAGAUGUUCCCUAACAGCUUGACCAUCCAGACAACGGUGCAGGAGGCUGUUACAGUAUAUGCUCUGACCAAACAAGAGAGACCAGCAGCAGAAUAUGAGACCAGUGUGAAUCACGUACAAAGAGCAAUAGUGUCAUCAGUCCUCCAGUUUUGCAAAACUACCAGUCUGUGAGAGAGCACCACUUUGAAUGUAAAUGUCAAUGACCUUGAGAAUGUUUUAGUUGUUAUUUAUUUAAGUAAGAAAGCAUGACAGCCAGUGCAGUGUUGAAUAGUAAUCUUAAUGGUACUGUAAUAAAAAAAUGAGGCAUCAAAAAGACUUGAGCACAGUAAACAGAUUUACAGAACGAGUAUACUAAGCAUGGGGUAAGAUAUUAAAAGUGAGACGUUUGAGUUUGUUUGUUUUCAAAUAUUUAAAAUAUUAUGUUUAAGCCUCUCAUUACUAAACAAAUGUAAUUGUUACUUCUGUUUUGUUUUGUUUUUUGAUUGAAUGAUUUAUAUAGUAAUUGGCAUGAUUUAUUCUUCAUGAUGAUUAUUUUUUUUUUUAAGUAAUCAAAAUUAUUUUUUUGGCCUAAUCAAUUAUUUUAUGCCAACAUUUGUUAGUAAUUUGGGGUGCUGGAAGUGGUAAAUAAAUCAGGUGAUGUGAAAGUCAUGUGUUCAUCAGUUUUUAAUAUGUAAAUACAGAUACUAUAUAAAAACAAAAUUUGUUUUAUAAAUCUGUACACAGAAUGACUAUAGUAA